GAACUCUUACAUAUACUUAUGUGCUGCUCAGUUUCCUCCACAAGUAAGCUGAGAUAUCCUUCAUCAAUGGCUUUCUUGAAGAACUCAUUCAGUGGGUUCUCUUGGAUGUGUGGAGAAGAACUUGAUAUGGGCUCUUUUUGCAUUCAAAGAAGUAUAUUAGAUGUCCUGAAUCUGCUGUUUCUCUCUGUUUUCUGUGUGCUUUUGGUUAUAGGCUCUAUUAGAAAACAUGAGAUCAGUCGAUGCAGCAGGGGGGACUGGUGGGUCUCUAGGGGUGUUUCAAUCUGUUGUGCUCUUAUUAGCAUUGGAUAUCUCAGUGCUGGUUUUUGGGAUCUAUACGCAAAAAAUGAAGGGCCUAGGCUUUCGAGUUGGCCAGUUUACUUUGUUAGAGGGCUAAUUUGGAUCUCUUUGACAGUGUCAUUGCUUGUUCAAAGAUCCAAGUGGACAAGAAUUCUUAGUUCUAUCUGGUGGAUGUCCUUCUUCUUAUUGGUUUCAGCUCUAAAUAUCGAAAUUAUAGUAGAGACACAUAGUAUUCAAAUCUUUGUCAUGGUGCCAUGGCUCGUAAACUUCUUACUUCUCUUUUGUGCUUUUAGGAACAUCUGUCCCUCUCUUUCUCUAGAGGCCUCAGAUAAGAGUGUAUCUGAACCUCUAUUAGCCAAAAGCCCUGUGAAAAGCUCAAUAGAUUUCAGCAAGAGUAGCUUCAUCAGCAAGUUGACCUUUUCUUGGAUUAAUCCAUUACUCCGCUUGGGUUACUCAAAACCAUUAGUUCUAGAAGAUAUUCCUUCUCUAACACCGGAGGACGAGGCUGAAUUGGCCUACAAAAACUUUGCUCAUGCAUGGGAACUUCUUCAAAGAGAGAAAAACUCAACAAAUACUAGUAAUUUGGUUCUUAGAGCCUUGGCCAAAGUUUACUGGAAAGAAACGGUUUUUGUAGGGAUUUGUGCGCUCCUUAGGACGAUUUCUGUAGUAGUUUCUCCUUUGUUACUCUAUGCUUUUGUGAAUUAUUCAAAUCGCAAGGAGGAAAAUUUGUCUGAAGGCCUUUUCUUAGUGGGGUGUUUGGUUAUUGCCAAGGUAGUGGAAUCUGUGUCUCAAAGGCAUUGGUUCCUUGAUUCAAGAAGGUCUGGGAUGAGGAUGAGAUCAGCUUUAAUGGUGGCUGUAUACCAGAAGCAGCUCAAGCUUUCAAGUUUGGGAAGGAGAAGGCACUCAGCUGGGGAGAUUGUGAACUAUAUAGUGGUCGAUGCUUAUCGAAUGGGGGAAUUUCUUUGGUGGUUCCACUCAAUGUGGAGUUACAUGUUGCAACUUUUUCUAUCCAUUGGAGUCCUUUUUGUGGUUGUGGGACUUGGAGCUCUUUCAGGCUUAGUCCCUCUUUUCAUUUGUGGAUUUCUUAAUGUGCCAUUUGCAAAGAUACUGAAAACCUGCCAAACCGAACUCAUGCUGGCUCAAGAUCGGCGACUCAGAUCUACUUCAGAGAUCCUUAACAGUAUGAAAGUCAUUAAGUUACAGUCAUGGGAAGAUAAAUUCAAGAACUUGAUUGAAUCCCUCCGAGAAGUUGAAUUCAAAUGGUUGGCUGAAGCACAGUACAAGAAGUGUUAUAAUACUGUACUGUAUUGGUUAUCUCCAACCAUCAUCUCUUCGGUUAUCUUUGUGGGAUGUGCCCUUUUAGGUGCCCCAUUAAAUGCCAGCACCAUAUUCACCAUUCUUGCAGCACUGAGGUGCAUGGGAGAACCUGUCAGAAUGAUACCUGAGGCUUUAUCUGCUUUGAUCCAAGUCAAGGUCUCCUUUGAUCGGCUCAAUGCCUUUUUGCUGGAUGAUGAGCUCAAAAGUGAGGAAAUAAGGCAGGUUACAUGGCCAAAUUCAGGUCACAGUGUCAAAAUAAAUGCAGGUAAGUUCAGUUGGGAACCAGAAUCAGCCAUUCUAACCCUCAGAGAAGUAAAUUUGACAGUACAACGGGGGCAUAAAAUAGCGAUUUGCGGACCAGUUGGGGCGGGGAAAUCAUCACUCUUGCAUGCUAUACUUGGAGAGAUACCAAAAAUUUCAGGAACCGUUGAUGUAUUUGGUUCCAUUGCCUAUGUUUCUCAAACUUCUUGGAUCCAAAGUGGGACGAUUCGUGACAACAUUCUCUAUGGAAAACCAAUGGAUACAACCAAAUAUGAGAAAGCCAUAAAAGCAUGUGCCUUAGAUAAGGAUAUAAACAGUUUUGACCAUGGUGAUGAAACAGAAAUCGGUCACAGAGGGCUUAAUAUGAGUGGAGGACAGAAGCAGAGGAUGCAACUUGCUCGAGCUGUCUAUAAUGAUGCCGAUAUCUACCUCCUGGAUGACCCUUUUAGUGCAGUAGAUGCACAUACAGCUGCAAUUCUUUUCAAUGAAUGCGUCAUGGCUGCUCUUGCUCAUAAAACCGUCAUUCUAGUGACUCAUCAAGUGGAGUUUCUCUCUGAAGUUGAUAAAAUUCUGGUUAUGGAAGCUGGACAGAUAACUCAAUCAGGAAGCUAUGAGGAGCUCUUGACAUCAGGGACAGCAUUUGAGCAGCUUGUAAAUGCACAUAAGAAUGCAGUAACAGUAUUGGAAUUUUCAAAUGAUGAACAAGUAGAACCUCAAAAAUUGGAUCAGAAUCUGCUAGAGAAGUCCCAUGGAUCUCUCUUCACCAAAGAAAACAGUGAAGGGGAGAUUUCUAUGAAGGGUCUGCCUGUUCAGCUCACUGAAGAAGAAGAGACAGAGAUUGGUGAUGUUGGGUGGAAGCCAUUCUUGGAUUAUCUCCUUGUCUCAAAUGGAAUGCUCCUGAUGUCUUUAGGCAUAAUAACUCAGUCUGGUUUUAUUGCCCUUCAGGCAGCUUCUACUUAUUGGCUAGCACUAGGCAUUCGGAUUCCUAACAUCAGCAACACCUUGCUAAUUGGAGUUUAUACUGCAAUUUCAACACUCAGUGCUGUAUUUGUGUAUUUCAGGUCUUUCUGUGCCGCCCGUCUAGGAUUAAAAGCUUCUAAAGCCUUUUUUGCAGGCUUUACCAAUUCCAUUUUCAAUGCUCCAAUGCUCUUCUUUGACUCUACCCCAGUUGGGCGUAUUUUGACCCGAGCUUCUUCGGAUUUCAGUGUUGUGGAUUUCGAUAUACCUUUCUCCAUUAUCUUUGUGGUAGCAGCUGGUCUCGAACUUAUAACAACCAUUGGAAUUAUGGCCUCAGUCACAUGGCAAGUUCUCUUUGUAGCCAUUUUUGCUAUGGUUACUGCAUACUAUGUUCAGGGGUAUUAUUUAGCCUCUGCAAGAGAGCUAAUAAGGAUCAAUGGAACGACAAAAGCUCCUGUUAUGAAUUAUGCAGCUGAGACAUCACUUGGAGUGGUCACUAUAAGGGCCUUUAAAAUGGUGGACAGGUUCUUCCAAAACUACCUAGAGCUCAUAGACACGGAUGCAAAGCUGUUCUUCUAUUCUAAUGCAGCCAUUGAAUGGCUAGUUUUAAGAAUAGAAAUGCUCCAGAAUCUGACUUUAGUCACUGCUGCUCUUCUCCUUGUUCUACUUCCCAAGGGUGUUGUAGUUCCAGGGCUUGUGGGGCUCUCUCUUUCUUAUGCUCUGGCACUGACCGGCUCACAAGUGUUCCUGUCUCGAUGGUAUUGUAACUUAUCAAAUUAUAUUGUUUCGGUUGAAAGGAUCAAACAGUUCAUGCGCAUACCACCUGAGCCCCCUGCGAUUGUGGAGGGAAAAAGGCCACCAUCUUCAUGGCCUUCCAAGGGUAGGAUAGAGUUGCAAAAUCUGAAGAUAAAAUACCGCCCCAAUGCUCCUCUAGUUCUCAAGGGAAUCACUUGCACAUUCAAGGAGGGGACUAGAGUAGGAGUUGUUGGAAGGACUGGAAGUGGAAAAACUACAUUGAUAAGCGCUUUGUUCCGACUAGUGGAGCCUGAAAGUGGGAAAAUCCUCAUAGAUGGACUUGACAUUUGUUCUAUAGGUCUGAAGGAUUUGAGGAUGAAGCUUAGCAUCAUCCCUCAAGAGGCCACUCUUUUCAAGGGUAGCAUCCGAACUAACUUGGACCCUCUAGGCCUUUACUCUGACAAUGAAAUAUGGGAGGCUCUAGAAAAGUGUCAGCUCAAGGCAACAAUCAGCAGUCUUCCAAACUUGCUAGACUCAUCUGUAAGUGAUGAAGGCGAGAAUUGGAGCGCCGGGCAACGCCAGCUCUUCUGUCUUGGAAGAGUCCUACUUAAGAGAAACAGAAUCCUUGUUCUAGAUGAAGCCACUGCAUCCAUAGACUCUGCCACAGAUGCAAUUCUACAGAGAAUUAUCAGGCAGGAAUUCUCAAACUGUACAGUGAUAACAGUAGCUCACAGAGUUCCCACAGUUGUAGAUAGUGACAUGGUCAUGGUCCUCUCUUAUGGGAAGCUUGUGGAGUAUGAUGAGCCCUCAAAUCUGAUGGAAACCAACUCCUUUUUUUCAAAACUUGUAGCUGAAUACUGGUCCAGCCGCAGAAGGAACUCCUCCCAGAAUUUCAACUACUACAAAUAGUGAAGGUGCUAGAUUUGGAGGUAUGGCUGCUAAUUGGUCUAAGAAUAAAUGAGUGAAGAAGGCCAUCUUUUUUGUUUCAUUGCUUUGAAGAGAAAUCAGUGUACUUGUGUAAUAAUGAAAAAUGUAGGGAAUGAGCAGGCAACAGCUGAGCUCCCUGGUGUUGAAUUGAUCAACAUAUUGAAUAGUUAUUAAGGCACAUGGGGUUUGUGGAUGACCAAACUCCAUGGGUUUUCGAGUUGGAGGUUGACUUUGAUACAUCUAUCAUGAUUGAUAUAAAUAUUAUUCGCUUAUGUUCAUAAA